UAAGCAUGGCUCCGGCUGGAGGGCUGAACGAGUGUCUGCACAACAAUGGUGGCUGCUCCCACAUCUGCACUGACCUCAAGAUCGGCUUUGAGUGUACAUGCCCAGCAGGCUUCCAGCUCUUGGACCAGAAGACCUGUGGUGACAUUGACGAAUGCCAGGACCCAGAUGCCUGCAGCCAAAUCUGUGUGAAUUACAAGGGCUACUUUAAGUGUGAAUGCCACCCCGGCUAUGAGAUGGAUACGCUGACCAAGAACUGUAAAGCUGUAGCUGGCAGGAGCCCAUCCCUAAUCUUCACGAACCGACACGAGGUACGGCGAAUAGACCUGGUGAAGCGGGACUACUCGCGCCUCAUCCCCAUGCUCAAGAAUGUCGUGGCGCUGGACGUGGAAGUGGAUACCAAUCGAAUAUACUGGUGUGACCUUUCCUACCGCAAGAUCUACAGCGCCCACAUGGACAAGGCCAGUAUCCCGGACGAGCAGGUGGUCCUCAUUGGUGAGCAGCUGCACUCUCCAGAGGGCCUGGCGGUGGACUGGGUCCAUAAGCACAUCUACUGGACAGACUCAGGCAAUAAGACCGUCUCAGUCGCCACAACCGAUGGACGCCGCCGCUGUACUCUCUUCAACCGUGAUCUCAGCGAGCCCCGAGCCAUUGCUGUCGACCCCCUGCGAGGGUUCAUGUACUGGUCUGACUGGGGUUUCCAGGCAAAGAUUGAGAAGGCUGGGCUCAAUGGUGCAGACCGGCAAACACUGGUUUCAGACAACAUCGAGUGGCCCAACGGAAUCACCCUGGACUUGCUGAGCCAGCGUUUGUACUGGGUGGACUCCAAGCUGCACCAGCUAUCCAGCAUCGACUUCAAUGGAGGCAACAGAAAGAUGCUGAUUUUCUCCACUGACUUCCUGAGUCACCCUUUUGGGGUAGCUGUAUUUGAGGACAAGGUAUUCUGGACGGAUCUGGAGAAUGAGGCCAUUUUCAGCGCAAAUCGGCUCAAUGGCCUGGAGAUCUCCAUCCUGGCUGAGAACCUUAAUAACCCACAUGACAUUGUAAUCUUCCAUGAGCUGAAGCAGCCAAAGGCUGCAGAUGCCUGUGAGCUGAGUGCCCAGCCCAAUGGCGGCUGUGAAUACCUGUGCCUUCCUGCUCCUCAGAUCUCCAGCCACUCUCCCAAGUACACCUGUGCCUGUCCUGACACAAUGUGGCUGGGCCCAGACAUGAAGAGAUGCUACCGAGCACCUCCGUCUACCUCAACUACAACCUUAGCCUCUGCUAUGACAAGGACAGUACCUGCUACCACGGGAGCCCCUGGGACAACCAUCCACGACCCUACCUACCAGAACCGCAGCACAGAGAUGCCAAGCCAGACAGCUGCCGUCCCUCACUCAGUGAACAUCCCUAAGGCUCCCAGCACCAGCCCGUCCACCCUGAGCCCUGCAACCAGCAACCACUCCCAGCACUAUGGGAAUGAAGGCAGCCAGAUGGGCUCAACAGUCACCGCUGCUGUCAUUGGGAUCAUCGUGCCCAUAGUGGUAAUAGCCCUGCUGUGUAUGAGUGGGUACCUCAUCUGGAGAAACUGGAAGCGGAAGAAUACCAAGAGCAUGAAUUUCGACAACCCAGUGUACAGGAAGACAACAGAAGAGGAAGAGGAAGAUGAACUUCACAUAGGGAGGACGGCUCAGAUUGGCCAUGUCUACCCCGCAGCAAUCAGCAGCUAUGAUCGCCCACUGUGGGCAGAGCCCUGUCUUGGGGAGACCAGAGACCUGGAAGACCCAGCCCCUGCCCACAAGGAGCUUUUUGUCUUGCCGGGGGAACCAAGGUCACAGCUGCACCAACUCCCGAAGAACCCUCUUUCCGAGCUGCCUGUCGUCAAGUGCAAGCGAGUGGCAUUAAGUCUUGAAGAUGACGGACUGCCCUGAGGAUGGGCCCGCCCACUUCGUGCCUCAUGGAGUUCAGUCCUAUGCACUACUCUCUCUGGAUGGUGUGUGAUUGGAUGAAUGCCAUUUCUAUAUAUGGGUCUGUGUGAGCGUGUGUGAGUGCGUGUAACUUUUUUUAAAUUUAUGUUGCGGAAAGGUAACCACAAAGUUAUGAUGAACUGCAGACAUCCAAAGGAUGUGAACGUUUUUAUAUGUAUAAUGUUUUAUACACUUUUUAACUGGUUGCACUACCCGUGAAGAAUUCAUGGGACAGCCACUGCUGAGUGACUAACAUGAUGCACAUAACCAAACGGGGCCAAUGGUACAAACUUUACUCAUCAUUUGAAUACAGUAUUUACAGAGGAUGUUUGAUUUGAGAGCUUUUUUAGGUUUGAGGAGCUUGGGUUUUUUUUGUAAAUAAAAUUAUGCUUUGUGGCUAUCCAUCAACAUAAGUAUAAAAAGAAAGAACACUUCAACUCCCUUCCCCAUCUAGAUUAUUUAUUAACAUAUUUCAAAAGUAAGGUUAGCUCUAUAAAUAAUUUAGAGAAGCGAGAGUAUUUAUUUUUGGUAUGAUUGGCCCACUGCACAGACUCUGUGUUCAUGUGUGUGUGUUUGUGUGAGAGAAAAAAAACCUGUAGAGAAGAGGCACGCUAUGACUAUUGCUCAGAUACAUACAAACAGUUAUUUUAAAAUGGUCCACAGAGGGGUGUCUAGUUUUCAGAGACACCUUCAGAAACUUUGCUCUGAGAACACAGAUGCCAUGGUUUGUGCAGAGAUGUGGUGGGAAAGGUAGAUCUUUUCACCUCUGGCUACCCCUGGGGUCCUGAUGAGCCAGCACAAAGCUUCUCAGUUCCUCUGUGGCUGCCAUGAUGCCCACCUAGGCUUUCUGGUCAGUGUGCAGACACUGCAUGGGGUUACAAGCCCUCAUGAGCUCAAGACCGCAGAGUCCUUCCUUCAAAGUUCAGCUUAGUGAGGGCUCGGGUCAGCUUCAGUAAGCUUCCUCUGAAGCACCUGAAGGUCGGGCCUUUAGAGCAGCUGUUCUCAACCUUUGUGGGUCAAAAAGACCCUUUCACAAGGGUCACCUAAGGCAUCGGGAAACACAGAUACUUACAUUAUGGUCCAUAACAGUAGCAAAAUUACAGUUAUGAAGUAGAAAUGAAGUAAUGUUAUGGUUGGGUCAGUACAACACGGACUGUAUUAAAGCUUUCGAGGCAUUAGGAAGGCUGAGAACCCCUACUCUAGAGCUAAGUGAAGGCAUUUCUAGGAUUUCCAAGUUUACUGUAAGGACAGGCUCAGGCACUGAAGCUCUGAGUCGCGUGAAUGAGGACGACGAUUUUGGAAUAGGUUUGGUUACACCUAUUUCUCAUCCCCUUACUUUCUACCAUUUUUCUUACAUAGGGGAAACAUUUUAAGAAAAUACACAUUUCUUAUGACCGUAUGUUCACAUGGAUAAGACUAAGUCCAAAAGUGUGAAUACAUCCAAAUUUAUAUUUUGAGGAAAUACCAUGAGAUAUUAUAGCAUAUCGGGCAUGUUUCAUUGCUUUAUAAAUAAAAGGAGAAACUCUA